CAAAGGCUGAAAUGAAUCAGAUAAAACGAGUGAGACUCUCGUACAGUAAAGAGUCCAGAUAAAGCGUUAACUCUUCCGGUGCCGGGGCUGAAGUCCAGCUGAUAGUGAGACGCUUCUCUCUCUCUCACAGUCAGCGAACAGUGUUUCUCUGCCGGUCCGGACUGACUCUCAGGAUUCAGGAUGCUGAUGUUGUGUGUUUGUCUCGUGCUGCUGGCGUGUGUUCGGACUGAAGCGUCUCCUGCUGAAAACAUCCAUCUGCUGGCGCCAGAGGAGCACAAACUCAUCCUGAACCUCGGACAGAAAGAGAUUCCCCGGGACUGUUAUGAGCUGUGGCAGAGCGCCGGCGGUCAGGCGCGGGACGGCCUGUACCUGAUCCAGCCCGGAGCUUCGCCCAUCGCCGUCUACUGCGCCAUGCACGAGGGCGGAUGGACGGUCAUCCAGCACAUCACGGUCAACGGCAGCGUGGACUUCGACCGCGGCUGGAACGAGUACAAGCGAGGGUUCGGAUCCCUCACCGGGAACCACUGGCUGGGCAACGAUCACCUGCACCAGCUCACCGCCGGACCCGUGCGCUACAAGCUCGCCAUCAAGCUGGUGGACAAAGACGCGGUGACCAAGACAGGCGAGUACGACCCGGUGCUCGUGGAGGACGAGGACGCCCAGUACCGCCUGCGUCUGGGUCCGUUCCAGGGCACGGCGGCGGACGCCCUCACGCUGGACACCGAGAACUACCUUCACGACAACCAGCGCUUCACCACCAAAGACCGCGACAACGACAACUACUUCCAGAACUGCGCCAAGCUGGAGUUCCAGGGCGUGGCGGGCGGCGGCUGGUGGUACGACGCCUGCGCCGGCGCAAACCUCAACCGCAGGAACGUCAUCUACUGGCAGAAAGACUGCAACAAAGAACACUUGUGCAAAUAUGCCUGGAUGAUGGUGAGGCCUUCAGAUCAGGUCAAAGUCAUCCGGAGCGGAGACUGUGCCAGAGACGAACUCUGACCUCACUGCUUGAGUUCCAAUACAGUCACCCAAACAUCCUUUAAACAAGAUAUACUUACCCGAGAAGCCAAAUCUUGCUUUCAGAGGAAUCUAACGCAAUUUGGUGAUGUUUUUGCUUACAUCAAAAAAGAAAAAAGUUGUCAAUAAGGAAAGAAAAAUAAUCUGAAAAGGAAGAUUAUUUUUCUGACCCCAAUGGCAAACAUAUUUUUUCUUGUUUCAAGGCCCGUUCAAACCGAGCACGAUAACGAUAAAGAUAUAGAUACAAAAAUAGUUCUAAAUAUAAAAGAAUAGCACAGCUAUAACGAUAACGAGGAACGAUAUCGUUUUCAGAACGAUUUUUUUUCCAGCCAUUGAACAAUAAAACACUCUCCGCCAAUCAGAAUCCAUUCUAAUUUAAGGGCUCGCGCAUUUAAAAUGGCGGACGACGUUGCGGAGAAUUUAGUCACAGAGCUCCGGAAAAAAUCCACCGUUUGACAAGUUUUCAAGGAUACUUUAGGCUAUAUAAAAUGUAUAAAUGGAAAAAGUGUUAAUGAUGAGAUCAUUAUGCCAGGCUAGCAAACAGUGUAAUAUAAAAUGACCUCAGGUAUCCAGCGCUGGUUUCGACAACAUUGUUUUGCUUCCUUUGAAGUUUGAAAAAGACGAGGUGAUGUUUUUAUUCCACUAUUGACUACAUCAGCUAAAGUCACCGUUAGAUUAGAUCGAUUACACAAGAUUCACUCGAAAUAUAGCAUGCUGAGGACAUCUGCUGGUUAAAGCCUGUAAAUGCAACAAGAACAGCAAAAACAUGUUCAAUGACGUUGUACAGUUUGAAACCGCAGCGCGCGAGUUUUGAAUAAACAGACCGUUAUUGUUCGUUGGUGUGAACGGGCCUUUAAGAAUAAAGUUCACACAAUUCUGUUAGAUUUCUCUGAAAUUAGGAUGUAAAUUCAUCUUUUUUUUUAAGGAUGAUUAGAUAAAACAAGACAAAAAAUUCAGGGUAAGAUGUGAUUUUUUUGCAGUGUAGGGAUGAAUUAUUAACCCAUUAAACACAUGACGAUCAAUAAUCUAUUUCUUUUUUAUUCAAUAAACAUUUAAACGUCAGAUUAAUUUGUACUGAAGAGUGCAAAAGGUCUCAUAAAACUGUUCACACACAUGAUUACAGGGAAUCAGACCAAAGACGCACUGAAAAUUAUAGUAUUUCUGUCUUGUUUUCCAGUACAAAUAUCAAAAACAUUCUUAAAUCAAGAUACUUUUACUGGAGAAGAGAAAUGACCUGAAAAAUGCAUCAAAUUGAAGUGUUUAUGCUCAAAUAUCUGUCAAUGAGUCAAUCUCAUUUUUUUUUAUUAACAAAACAUAUCUUCAGUCAUUUUGUUUCUCCAGUAAAAGUAUAUUAAUUUAAGAAUGAAAACAAGACAAAAAUAAAGUUUUCUGCAGUGCUGUUUCAAUCCUCCAAGCAAUAAAGCCGACGGAAAUCGAAAGUUCUGACAUGUUUUGUUCACCUUCAUUGAGUUGUUUACGGCACAUUAAAAUGAAUCUUCCAAGCACCUACAGAUAAAAAUCACACACUGUCAUUAAACAAUUUGUUUCCUGAAACGCAGACGGCACGACAGCAUCAUCAACAUGACAGCAAGAAACAUCCAGAUCCGUUCCAAUGAAAUCACUGCAUCUUCAGCUCCUGCAGAGGAGAAAUGAAGCGCUUCUUUGUCAUUUUAAAACUCUUAUAAUGGCACAGUAAGGCAUCUGAAGUGGGUACAAUCGAGCCUUUGAAAUGUACAACAUUAGCCCUUAUUAACACUGUCACGGUAACACACAUGAAUAAAAUCAUCACUGAGCAAAAA